AUGUCCUCCAACGCAGAAACUGUUACAACUAAUGCUAAUAACGACAGUCUAAGUCUUGACCCCUGUGGCAGCAUCAUUAGAGAAAAUUGUGACGACAGUAUUGACAGUGCUGUGUUAGAACUUGACAGCAGCAGUACAGCUACUACUACUUCUACUACUACAAGCAGCAAACCUGCCUUCUUGAUUAAGAAGGAGGCUCUUCCAGCUUCUUUGGAACAAACGAAUCCAGAAUCAGGUGGUCAAGGACUGUCUAUGUGUGCACAAGUAAAUAAUGGCAGUGACUGCUCCCAGAUAACUACUACUAGUACUACUACUACAACAGUGAUCAAGAAAGUUGGAUAUGCCUCUAUCAAACAAGAAUUUCUAGUUCCUGAUUAUAAGCCGAAACUUCAGACUGCAUAUGUAAGUUCUGAAAUUAAAGAGAAACUAGAAGAUGCUGAAGACUCAUUGCCAGACCAUGCCGGUGAUCCAGAGAAGGGAGCUGCUGCUGGCGACGAGGGUGAACCCCCACAUAAAAAGGCUAAAUUGAAAGGUCGAAAUAAACAUCGACCAAAACAUGAAAGAUUGCAGGAUAAAGAUAGGAUUUGUCCAGCGAUAAAAGAAAAUAAAGAAUGCAGGUUUGGAGACCGAUGUAAGUUUAGUCAUGAUAAAGAGGACUUCAUCAGUAAGAAGCUUCCAGAAUUAGCCGGAUCUUGCUAUAUCUAUGACACCUUUGGACAUUGUCCUUAUGGUAUUUCAUGUAGAUUUGCUGCAAAUCACAUGACUGAAGAUUUCCAGAAUAAAACAAAUGAGGAAAUUUAUAACAAAGACAGAGUCUCAAAGCCCAUAAAUGAGCUUUCUUUUGAUGUAAGAAAUAAACUGUGGAAACGGAAAUAUGAUUUUAAAAGAGCUGACAAAGUUGUCAAGGAUGUUCAGAAAACCUUUAGAGGUUGGGAUGAUUCUAGCUCUGGGAUAAAUCCAACUCUCAAGAAUGUUGUAAAUGACAAAAUUGAAGCUAUCAAAACCGCAUCUCAAAUUUCACAGUCAGACACUGAUUUAAUAGGUAACUCCAAUGCUAACAACAUUCCUCCUGUUAUUGAACCAGCUGUUCUUAGUCAAGAGAUUCAUGUAGAGAAUAGAACCGAGAUAUUGUCUUCCGGUGCUGCACCAGCAGAUUUAGACAAGACUGCAGGUUUGAAAUUACCAACACAUGAAAAAGCAGAACAAAGGACAUUUGGCUGCAUUACAGAUGAGGAAAUUAUUCGUCUUCAGCCUGGAGAAGUUAAAAAGAUUGAUUUCAAGAAUAAGCUGUAUCUUGCACCACUGACAACAGUUGGUAAUUUGCCCUUCCGUCGUAUCUGCAAAACGUUUGGUGCAGAUAUAACCUGUGGAGAAAUGGCACUGGUUACUCAGUUACUCAAAGGCAAACAGUCAGAGUGGUCUCUCAUCAAACGCCAUCCCAGUGAAGACCUGUUUGGUGUUCAGAUUUGUGGAUCUUACCCAGAUACCAUGACACGAUGUGCCCAGCUUCUCACAGAAACAUGCAGUGUAGACUUCAUAGACAUCAACUGUGGUUGUCCCAUUGAUCUGAUUUAUCAGAAGGGAAUGGGCAGUGCUUUGAUGGGAAAAGCCACUAAGUUGGAGCAGAUUUGUCGCAGCAUGAUUGGGGUUAUGGGGAAUACACCCCUGACAGUAAAACUGAGGACAGGAGUGUUUGAUAACAAGAACGUUGCACACAACAUUUUGCCACGUCUGAGAGAUGCUGGUGUGUCUCUAGUUACACUGCAUGGCAGGUCUCGAGAACAGCGCUACACAAAACUGGCUGACUGGGAUUACGCCGCACGGUGUGCAGCAGUUGCAUCGCCCAUGCCUGUUUUUGGUAAUGGUGAUAUAUUAUCAUACGAGGAAGCAAACCUUCACAUGAACAACCAUGGUGUUAGUGGGGUUAUGAUAGCAAGGGGAGCUUUAAUCAAGCCUUGGAUUUUCACCGAAAUCAAGGAACAGAGACAUUGGGACAUCUCUUCCGGGGAGCGCUUUGACAUUCUGCGCAAGUUUACCAACUAUGGAUUGGAACACUGGGGUUCGGAUCACCAGGGAGUUGAAAACACACGGCGUUUCUUACUGGAGUGGUUAUCAUUUUUGCACAGGUACAUACCAGUUGGAGUUCUAGAACAGGUACCCCAACACAUCAACGAGCGUCCUCCUUAUUACAUUGGACGUAAUGACCUGGAAACACUGAUGGCCAGUGCUAAUUGUGCAGACUGGAUCAAGAUCAGUGAAAUGCUCCUGGGACCUGUUCCACCGACCUUCAUGUUCCUGCCCAAACAUAAGGCUAAUGCUUAUCAGUAA